AUGACGGACGACCAGCCAGCUGUGGCAGAGCAGCCGCAACCACAGUCCGAGGACCAGUUUACGAAGUCGAUACCCCCACCUCCAGGACCUGCUCCAGUAGCAGACACACCGGCCAUCAGCCAGGAGGAGCCGGAAGCAGCAGCGAACGGCGAGACCCAGAAAUGGCUUUUGCCCCCGAUCGAGCCAAAGUUCAAGGGCAAGAAGUGUCUUGUGCUUGAUUUGGAUGAAACCCUGGUGCAUGCAUCUUUCAAGAUCCUUCACCAGGCGGACUUCACCCUGCCUAUCGAGAUCGAGGGCAACUACCACAAUGUCUAUGUUAUCAAGCGUCCUGGUGUCGAUCAGUUCAUGAAGAGGGUUGGAGAGCUGUACGAAGUCGUCGUCUUCACUGCUUCGGUGUCAAAGUAUGGCGACCCGCUGCUCGACCUUCUCGACAUCCACAAGGUCGUCUCGCACCGACUGUUCCGCGAGAGCUGUUACAACCAUCAAGGCAACUACGUCAAGGACCUGUCACAAGUUGGCCGUGACCUGAAGGACACGAUCAUCAUCGACAACUCCCCGACGUCUUACAUCUUCCACCCACAACACGCGAUCCCUAUCAGCAGUUGGUUCUCCGAUGCGCACGACAAUGAACUUCUCGACCUUAUACCAGUUCUUGAGGAUCUUGCUGGCUCCAACGUCCAGGAUGUCAGUCUCGUCCUCGAUGUCACACUAUGA